AUGGGAGGUGCCAGCCAUCCAUCUGUCUCCCCUGCUGUUGGGUCUGAUGCUGCGGGUCCAGCCAGGAAGCGCACCACCACCAUGGCGGGGUUGGACAGCUCCCCGGGCAGUAUUGAUGAUAUCGACGGGCAGGACAACCAGGAGGAGAAGAAGAGACAGCCCGUGAAACGGGCCUGUAAUGAAUGUCGUCAACAAAAGCUCCGAUGUGAUGUAAUUCAAGACCCUUGGACGGAUUGCUCUCGAUGUCGUCGUCUAAAGCUCGACUGUAAAAUCGAAUCCAACUUCAAACGGGUUGGGAAACGCAGUCGCAACGCCGAGAUGGAACGCGAGAUCAUCGAGCUGAGAAAGCAGAUUGCUACUGUGCAGGCUGGAGCUAUACCUCCGUCACAGUCGGCGUCUUUGCCACCGGUUCAGACUCCCAAGCAAGAAACGGCCAGUCAGGUUGGCUCGGGAGUCUACCAUACGCCGUCGGCCAUGUCUACGGAUCAGUAUAUGGGUUCUCAUGAAGCUGUUGCGUCGCUUCUGGAUUUGCGCUCUGGCUUUGAUGGCACGAACUUUAUGAGGAACGGCAAUCAUCACUUCAAGCGCAUUGAAGAUGUCGCGGUCGUUCCGGAGAGGGUGACAGAGCUGUUUCAUCUGUUUUUCACCUUCUACCAUCCGUUUCUACCGUUCCUUGAUCGAGAACAGUCGCCUGAUGAUUACUACAGCGCAUCGCCACUGCUGUUCUGGACCAUCAUCAGCGUAGGCGCGCGGCGCUUCCAAGCCGACACCCACCUUCUCAAUUCCCUCUCAGGCCCGGUUUCGCGACUGGUGUGGAGUACGCUGGCGGACAUCCCACAAAGCUACCACGUCGUGAAGGCUCUCUGCUUGCUCUGUACCUGGCCUUUCCCUACCAGCAGCACGUCCACCGAUCCGACCUUUAUGCUCUGCGGUAUGAUGAUUCAAGUGGCAAUGCAGCUGGGGCUACACCGUCCAUCGCACACGCAGGACUUUAGCAAAUUCCGCGUGGAGCUCAUUGAAGAUGAACUUCGAGACAAGGUGCGGACGUGGGCAGUCUGCAACAUUGUCGCCCAACGGGUUGCUACUGGUUAUGGCCAGCCUCCGUCUAGUGUGUACGACUGGACACUGUCUUCAAAUGAUUCGAUGGACCCCAACUUCAGGUUGCCCGACGACAUUAGGUCAAGGCUCGAGAUUGAAAAGUUUUGCGACAAGGUCACCAAAUCUUUAUACACCAACCGGCGGGACCCCGUCGGACUUUGCAGCGAUCAGGAGCGAUCAACACUGAUCUCGUUCCUGUCGCGGGAUUUCGAUGAACUGGAGAAUCAGCUGAAGGCGCACAAUGACAGUAUCACCAAUCUCUAUUUGCGCGCAUCGAAUCUGCACCUCCAUCUGUCUGCGUUCUUCGACGACACAACCGCAAAGGAUUAUAGAGAGCGUCUUCUCUCGCUUUAUGUUGCUACCACGACGUUCCUCGAAGCAGCGAUGAACCUUGAAACAGAAGUCGGCCCGGUGCUGUCGUACACCCCGUACUACGUGUAUCAGAUGAUGGUUGCGGGCGGAUGUACUCUGCUGAAGCUAUGCAAGAGUUUCUUCGCCGCGCACAUCGACAUGGAUUACGCAAAGAACCUCUUCAACCGGACGAUCUGGGCGAUUAGACGCGUGUCCGUUUCCAGCAACGACCUGCCGGAGCGACUGGCGGAAGUAGUAGCGCAGAUGUGGCGGCUGAACAACGUGCCCACACCGAAACUGACGGCAGACGGCGGAGAGGUCGACGAUUCGCUGAUGCUCAAGGUGCGCUGCCGAAUGAGCAUGUCCUUGCUUUUUGACUCAGUCUGGCGGUGGCGGGAAGACGCGCGGACCAAGGGGCGUAAUCUCGAAGCUUAUCUCAAAAACCCAACCAAUCCAGACUCCAACGCCGAAUCCUCCAACUCGUCAUCUAUUCAACCGACGCGCACCUCGACCGCGACACCCGGAGUCGCCGGCGCCGCAGACCCCAGCCUCGCGCCAGCCCCCAUGCUCCCCCAGGCUAACAUGGGCGUAUCCGCACCAAGCGCUGUGGGUGCCCUUCCCAGCGGAUUCAUGGAACCUAACUACGAAGUAUUCGAUCCGCUGAACUGGCUUCUGGACGGACUGGUCGAUUUGCCGUAUUCAUACUCGACGAUAUCGGGGAUCGAGUCUCAGGGUAUUGCAUGA